UUUUUACAAAACGACAUUCCGUGACGCCGUUUUAUUUCAACGAAGCAUAAAACGCAAAGGAUUUAUUCAUAAAUCUACGAAUCUAUACAACGUAUUUUGACAUUACUUCAACGGAUUUAUACAACUAAUACAAAAAUGUCAACUUUCUACUACUGUCUUUUGGUUUUCGUCAUUUUGUCAGUUACUUCAAUUCAGACAUCCAUGGCAAAAGAUUGUUCUAAACCAUGUCCGAAAUGCCCAAGUGUUACAAAAUGCGCUUUUGGAGUGAGCAUAGUUCCGGACGAGUGUGGAUGCUGCAAAACAUGCGCCAAACAACUCUAUGAAUCUUGCGAUGCUUCCAACCCAUGCGAUCACCACAAAAACUUAUACUGCAGCUUUGGCGAUGUUGACGACACUGCUGGAGUUUGUGUUGCAAAACCUGGACGCUCAUGUUUUCUCAAUGGUAAAGUGUAUCUCAACGGCGAAUCAUUUUCACCAAGCUGCAAAGUUCACUGUACCUGUAUUGAUUCAGACUUCGGAUGCAUGCCACGAUGUCCUGUUAGUGCAAAAAUUCCUCCGAAUUGCGAACAUCCUCGUCUUGUUCUUAAACCUGGUAAAUGUUGCGAAGAAUGGAUUUGUAUGAAGAGCAGCAGAAAAUCUGUUAUGCCAAAAAUUAACCGACAAAUAAAGUCGAACGAAUCGCGACAUGGAAAACACAGUCCACGACCCGCAGUAUUUAACUUUGCUGGUAAAUUUUUACUUUUUGUACUAUUUUAAAAUGAUAUGAAAUGCCGUUGCAGAAAAUAUCCUCU